AUGGCGGCGCCCAUGGUGCCCAUGGAGCCCUUGGACCUGUUGUCAGAAGGGCCCGAUGCAGGGGCGGACCCACGGGUCGGUGUGGAUCCGUCGGGUGAGGGGUGCGUCCCGACGGCGACGGCGGCGGAGAUGGAGCCCGCGUUGUCAUUGGCCUCGGGAAUCAGCGCAAUGCCGAUGGCGGCGCCGCCUGGAGACCCGCGGGAGGAUUCGGCUGUGGGGGACAGUGGCAGCGGCAGCGGUGGAGGGGGCAGUUUCGACGUCGAUGUGGCCGUUUAUGAUGACGAUUCGGCGGCGGCGGCGGCGGCGCGGACGCGGCGGCGCGACGUCGCGCCGCGGCAAAGCUUCGAGGUGUCCGAGGUUGUCCUGCCGGCGGAGGGUAGCGGCAGCGAUGGCGGCGGCGGCGGCGGCGGCGUCAUCCGCCACUUCGGGAGCUUCACCGACACGGCGACCAGUGCGGCCUCCGCCGACCUCGAUAGGUUCAGCUCUGCUGAACAUGAGGAGAUAUUGCCCGGGCAUGAUGCCGCCGCGUUUGCCGACCGACUGCGGCGCAAGCAGCGGGAGCGGGAGCGGGACGAGGGCGGUGACGGCGAUACUGACGAUGAUAAUGAAGCGGAGGACGGGUUGUUGGAUGGACGUGGCGGUGUACGGCGAUCCAAUCAUCUUUAUCCGUGCCCGGGUGUCCGUACAUUCCAGCGCCACCAGUACCCCCACCAACAACGGCACAGUGGGGUGCAGUUUGAGCGCGAGGAGGAGUUCAAUUUCGGGCCGGUGGUGUUGGCCCGGAAAGAGGGUGCGGGCGGAGAGCGGGUAGAAGCGCGCGGUGCCGGCGGCGGCGGCGGCGGCAGCGGCGGCCGUGGAGUAAUCGGGCCGCCGUCGCCGCCGUACCUGAAUGCGCUGCAACACCCGUUUAUGGUGCCGUUCAGCCCGCCGGUGGCGGCGGCGUCGGUGCCGACAGCAGGUGGCCGCCAUGGGGGGUCGCCGCCGCCGCCGCCGCCGCCGCCGAUGCCGACGGAGCCGGGACCAUCUCUCUUACAGCAGCAGCAACAGCCGCCGCCGCCGCCGCGAUAUCCAGUACACCCUUGUAUUGCCUCCACGACUACUGCCGAUGAAGGCAGCAAACCACACAGCGGCGCGGUGCUCAACACUCCCGCCGAUAGCGCCGCCGCCGCCGCCGCCGCCGCCGCCGCAUCGCCAUGGCGCCAAGGGAGGGAGCUGGAACAGGGUGCGUUGUACGGCGCAGCGGGAGAUGGCGUCCUCGCAAACUCCGAGGUCUCCCGGCGGCGGACCUCGUCACCGUACCGUGACCGCGCCCCCAUUAAUGGCGGCGCUGCUGGCGGCGGCAACGUCGCAGUCGUCGUCGGCGGUGGUAGCGGCAACCAUUCCGCCAAGGGCGCCACUUCAAGAGGGGUCAUGCAACUGCUACAGCCUCCGACAACCCCACCCAUCGCCGCCACUGGCGGUAUUGGCGACGCUGCGGAUGCUACAGGCGUCCUAGGCGACGGCGGUGGAAGCAGCGGCGGCGUCGCGGCGCCAAGCAGGAGAGCACGGCAGCAGCCGCCGCCGCCGCUACAGCAGGAGCAGCAGCGGGAAGCGGGUUCGCCAAUCGGAGGUCCGCCGUACCGCGCAGGGGAGGCGGCGGCUGCACAGGGCGGCGGCGGCGGCGGCCGCAUGCCGCGAACAAGCCUCAGCGGCGGCGGCGGCUGUAUGGCGACCAGACGUGCCGGCGGCAUCCUGCGUACCGGUUCCGUCGCCUCCACCGUCUCCCACGGCGUCGCCGCCGAUCAGCGUCCCACCGCGUCAGCGUCUCUCUCCAGGCUCUCCCGUCCCUCACCCGCGGCGCCUCAUCAAGCACCUCCUGGCGGCGCCGCUGCUCGUAAAAGUGUCUCGUUCUUUGACGACGAGCAGUACAAACCUCCGGAACAGUUACGGCGCCGUCGCGGUAGCUCGCGGCGCACCUACGACGACAGCGGCGACGACGACACGGACGAGCCACCGCCGUACGUGCCGUACGGCGUUGGUCCGUACGGUCAUAGAGUCCCGAUCUUGUUACCGUACGACGCCAUGUCGGAGGACACGUCCGACGUCACCGACCUCACGGACGGCGCCUCCACCGCCGGAGCGCGCUACAGCCGCUUACGUUCGUACCUGUCCGGGAUGGACGAGCAGAACGGCAGCUACAGAUCGGAGGCUACGAUUGGCUGGGCGGCGGCGACGCCGCCUCCGCCGCCGUCGCAUCGGUUUAACGACGAUGGCGACUACAGAUCGCCGUCAGUUGGCGCGACUGGACGAACUAGGGUAGGGCGUGCCGCCGCCGCCGCCGCCGCCGUAGCCGUGGACCGGUUCCCGGGGGCGGCGGCACCCGCUUUGUCCGUCACAGCCAGCCAUCCCAUCCUGGGCAGCAUCGCUGCCCAAAAAUGUGACGAGCAUGUCGUACUUUCUCCCAGCGGUCCCGUGGAAAGCAGCGGUACCACUGUUACCCCGGGGGCCGUCCCGACUGGCGGCGGCGGCGGCGGUGACGACGGCGGCGGCCGUGCCGCCGCGGACGGCAUCGGAUCCACGCCGCCGCUGCCGCCGUCACGCCGCUCCGCUCAGUGCGAGUUGGGCCGUGCGAGUUUUGAUGAAAGGCACCGUGCAGGCUCGUACGGCAUGUACGACAAUCUACCAUCUCAUGGUGACUCCGCUGGCUCCGCGUUCACGGGCCCGAAGCGCGGGUCGCCUGCCGCCACGGCAGCUGCCGGCUUUGGCGUGUUUGGGCCGUGGCCGGAUGAGACCGGGGUGCCGGCGGCGGCCACCGCCACCACCUCCUCCAACGUGCCGUACCGUCAGCCUCUCGCCGUCACCAGCGGGAUCCCGUCUUUACGUCGUACGAUCCACGACCCGACGGAGGCGGCGGAGACGGCGGAGGCGGCGGAGGUGGGCUACAUGGGCGGCCUUCGAAGGCUGAUUGUGGGCGGUGGCGGCGCCGGCGGUCGCAGAGGUGGGCUGCUUUCUUCAGGCCGUACAGCGGAAUCCGCAACGGCGGCGGCUGGCGAAGCGAACCCGGCGGCCAUGGACGGCACGGCGGGAACCAUGGCGGCGGUGCCGGCGGCAGCGGUGGCGGCGCCUGAACCCGUCGUAGGCUUCCCAGUGUUGGGAGGUGGUGGCGACAUCGUCGUGGGCAUUCCAGUUGAUGCGGUGGAGGCAGCGGCAGCUGUGGCGGCGGCGGCGGCGCCCUCCAUUGAGCAACCGCCGCCGCCGCCGUCGCCGAUGCCAUCGCCGGUCAAUAGCCGCACUGCAGUGAUGACGCUGCCGCCGACGGCCAGCGGCGCCGCUGCGGAUACGCCGUCGCCACAACCCGCGGCUCGACCGCAGCCUCCAGUUGAGCCUUCGACGGCAGCGGCGUCUGUUACUGGCGCCGGUGCCGUCCAUCUGAACAAAGAAGUGCCGAUAGCGGCAGCGCCGCUGCAGCUGCCGCCGCCUCCGCCGCUUCCGCCGCCCCGUCAGCAGCCGGUGCUACGGCUUCCUGGGCGACAGCAACCGCCAGGUGUGAUCUCAGGCGAAGCAGUGCCUUCCGUACUGGCGCCAGGUGUCGUACACGGCGGCGGCGGCGACACUGGCACAGAAGCUCCGCCAUGGGUAGCCGCGGGCCGCGGGACCAGCGGACGUCGAGUAGACAACGUCGUGGCGUCGUCGUCAACAACCGCUGGGAUAUCACGGCAGACCGCCAGGAUGUCCGCCGCCGCCGCCGAGCAGCCGCCAGCGGCCUCGAGUCAUCGUACGAGACCUGCAGCGCACGGCAGAGGCGCCGACUGUGCCGACGCUUUGCGCAAUUGCAUCACAGCGGCGCCGCCGCCACCGCCACCGCCAGGGUCUGACGCUAGACCUGCAGCGGAGGACGUGGCGGAGGACGUCUUUAGCGGCGCUGCCGCCGCCACCGCGGCGGCACCGCUUCUCGACCCUGACGUGGACGUGGCGCUUCCGGCACCCAUGCACUUGCUGAUGUUCGACCUUGAUUCGUACAGUACGGGUAGUCGUGGAGGUGCACAGCGGCACCAAGAGGGAGAGGAGGCGGCGGCGGCGGCUGGGAGCGGCAGCGGCGCCGCCACCGCUGCGGUGCCCGCCGCGACGCCGGCUUUGGAUCUUGACCUGACUUCUAGCUUGGUGCUUCGGAGCCGUGGGUCAGGAGGCGGUGUCGGAUGCGGAGGCGGCAGUAUCGCCGGUGACGGUGACGGUGCAGCCACGGUGUCAAUCCCCAACCACCAGUACGACAACGAGUACUCUCGAGAUGAGGAUUCGGAGCCCCCCACGCCGCGGUACCGUACCAUGUUGCCCGCCCCCAACUCCCCGUUCAUUGACCAGCCCAACUCCUCCUUGGCUGAUGUAGGGGACGGCCACAUCGCCAGCCCGGAGUGGGCGGGAGUGGGGCGCAGCAGCUUGUCGAUGGGCGUGCAGACCAGCAUGUCACCCGACCAGCCCCUGGGCUCCCUGGAGCCCACAACCUCAACUUCCGGCACGGCCACAACUGCAGUACGAACGGGGCUGAGGCACGUCCUGGAGCUGGAAUUCCAGAAAGACACGGCCGUGAUGGUGGGUCGUUUCGGGGCGGCGGCGGACGUGGAGCUAUGCGCCAGCGCUGCCAUUGACGCCAUGGCUACCAGCGCCGCCGCUAGCGGCGGCCGUGGCGGCAGCGGUAUUGGUACGGCGACAGCGACAGCGCCGCAGCGUUGUAGGGCCGGGGUUGAAGAUCAAAAGGGGACGGAGGGAAGGCGAUGUGGAGAGGGCGAACCAGGAGGAAAAGGGCUGGCGGAGUGCCCAGUGGCAGCGCCACCGGCGGUACCCAGGACGCCCGCGCCGGCGGCGGCGGUGCAGGCUGGCCUCAUGUCACCUACCUCGCCGAUACCCGACAGCCGUACAACGGCUUUGGCGCCGUUUCAGAUCCUGGCCGGUGCCGUACCGCAGCCCGUACAUGCAACCCAGUUGCCGCUCCCGGAGCCGCAGGGCAUUGGUGUUGUCGGCGGCGGCGCCAGCGCUGCCGUACUCCAGUCGUUGCAAUUAACGCCGUGGCGGGGCUCGGCCAGGUCACCGCGCCGCAGCCAGAGCUGGACAGAGCUGCCGUCUCCCUCAGCGUUAGGUGCCGCGCGCAUGUCGUACACCAUGCCGUACACCGGCAGUACACAGACAUGCGGCAGUGUCCAUGACGAUUUUGUCGGCAUGGGUCGGCAGCAAUCCGCCGCUGUGAGAGUAGGAGCGAUGGCCGGAGCGAUGGAGGAGGUUUCGGAGCAAUUCUUCCGGAGCGGCUCGGGGGCGCUGUGUUUGUCGUUUUCACCUGGCUGGGAUGCUAAAGCCGCAAGCUCGAUGGGCGGUACGGCGGCGGCGGCCGCCGCAGCCAGCCACAUGGCUCAUGAGCUGCUGCAGCUGCCACAGCCGCCACAGCCGCCGCAGCCAUCAGCGGGUCCAGGUUCGAGUCCCGCUGCGGCUCCUCCUACUGCCGAAAGGCACGGGAGGGAGGAAGAAACUGCUCAGGAAGCGGAGGGUGCGUUGCGCGGCUGGUGGAGCUCGCUCCGGAACCGUAUCCUGGGACGUUGGCGCGCGCCGUACAAUGCGCCUGCGGAGGCGGCGACUGCGGAAGCUGGGACCGCUGCGGCAUCGACACUGGCGGAGGCGCCUGCGGGCGCUGUUGAGGCGGAGGAAGACGCGGCGGCGGCGGCGGCGGCGGCGGCGGAGAGUCUUGGAGAGCCGAUGCAAACUCAGCAGCAUCCUGAGCCGCACUCGGUGCCGGCAGUACGGACGAAGCUGAAGCUACGGACGCCCGCACGGCCGCCGAGGCCCGGACCUAAACAGGUUUCGGAGCGACGGGCAACUCCGAAACCACUCCAGCCGUACACGCCACCGGCUGGCGCUCGCUCGCUGGCGUCAGCGUGCCGCAGCAAAGCAGCAGCUGCAGCAGCAGUUGCAACCACCGCCCGGAGCGGGGUGCGUUGUGCACUGCCGGCGUUGCAGGUGCUGCUCGUACUAGGCCUCGUUCUGUCGUACAAUGCCUACCUAAACCCUAGCGCCAGGGCUGGCGGCGGUAUCGCCGGGCUCAGCGGCCACGGCGGUGGCGGCGGCGGUGGCUUGGCGUUACCACUGUCGGAGUUCAGGCCGGACGCGGCGGGGCUGUCACGGUACGGCACGCUGAUCAGGAUCCUCCGAGACCACGCCAUAAACUGCACGGCAUGGCACUGCGGCGACGUUGGGUUGGCAGUAGCGUCGCCUUGGGCGGCGACGGCACCUCCAGCACCGGCGGCGGCGGCGGCGACGUCACCGGCUUCCAAACUGCUGGUGGCGGCGCACCGGGCACGCCACGCCGCCGUCGAGAUGUACGAACUUCUGGUCCAUGGAUUUGCUCCCCUUCUCUUCCCGCUUCAGUCGCGUCCACCGGCGGCGGCUUCCUCCUCCCCACCGCUGUUGCCCCAAUUUCAAUCGGAAAGCGUGCUGCAGCGUAAGCUGCUACAGCCCACAGCCCGACAGAAAGAGCUGGCAGAGCUCGAGGAGCUUCGCCUGGGGGCCGUGGACUCGUACGGCAGGUUGCUACGGCUGGCGGACGAGCUGCAGCAGCGGGCGCAGCGGCUGGCGGCGGCGCUGCUCCGAGGCGCCUCCCUGGCGGGCGGUCUAGCGAGCCACUUGCGGGAUACGGAGGCGGACUGUCGAGCGGACUUCUUGACCUCGGCCACGGACGAGCAACGCUCGGCCGAAAUGGCGGCGGAGGCGCUUGCGGCGGCGGACGAUAUGGCGACGGCCGCCGACGGUAUUCUGCAGUACGAACACGUGAUGUCGACGUUGGCAGAACUGGGAUCGUAUGGUUCGGCUUCCGGAAAUGAGGAGGGACGGGAGGAGCUGGGCCUUAUGCGCGCCCGCAACGGGGGGGAUGAUGGCUCGCUCAACGGCGCGCCGGGGGUGGAAUCCGUUGUACGGCAGUCCGUACACGAGUUAGAGAGCCAGCUGGACGAGCACCUGAUGGACCUGGAGGACCUGUACGAUCAUGCUCUGCAAGUGCAAGAGGAGCUGGCUCGGGGGGCUGCCACCGCGGCGGCCUGGGCGCGUGCGAUGCACGCGACGGCGGCAUCUGCGGAGGAGCUGGAAACGGCGGUGCACUCGGGACGUACGCUGCCGUACAGCGGAUCUGGAGUCGCAGCCGCGCUGUCGUACAUGUCGGGUGAGUCCAGACCCCAACCACCAACCGACGGCGGCGGCGGCGGCGUCCGAGCUGGCAGCAAUACCAUGCCGUACAAGCAGUACGAGUACGUCGACGAUGGCCUGGACGAUCGUGGAGCCGCGCGGCGGGCCGCCGAAGCUCAGGCGACGGCGGAGACGUGGAGCUGGCGGCUGCGGUCUGGCUGGAUUUGGGCCGCGGAGGUUGAGGAGUUGGAAGCCAUGUGCCAGCUCCCUGGGGUCGGUGCACAGGGGGAUACGGCGCAGCCAAUCCGUUGGUUUCGGAGCGACAGAUCGGAAUUGCGCAGGGAUUCGGAGCCGGCGCCAGGGGCCGGCGGCGGCGGCGGCGGCGGCGGCGGCGGCGGGGUGGACGGCCCAGCGCUUCGCGCGGCUGUCUGGGUGCAAGCUUGGGGAGAUGUGGCGGCUGCCUUGGAGGCGUGUUCGCGCUGCGGGGCCGUGUCGGUGUGA